AUGCUAGCUCGCCACCGCUGCGCGCCGUGCUUGCUGUCCUCAGCCGCUGCUGCCUGUUGUCUGCCUGUUGCUGCCUUCUGCCUGCCUGUUGCUACGUGUUGCUGCCGUAUCCGUUGCCCCCGGCCCGUGUCUCCGUGUCUUACCCGCGCCAUUGUUCUCCCCUUCCUCCCCGCAUCCGCUCCCCCGCCUCGCGCGCGCGUUUCCCGCAGACCGCGGAAGACAGCAACCUCAACUUCCUGUGAGCUCCCCCGCGCCCCUCUCUCCCCGCGCCACUCCUUCUCCCCCCACCCUUCGCUGACUUUCCCGCCUUUGCCGCUGCCGUUUUUCUCUCAUGCACGCAGCCUCAUGCAAUGCCUUCCCACCUUCCCUCCCUCCCACUCCUCCACUCCUCUGCCUGUCUCCCCAUCUGCCUUCCCCCUUUCUCUUCCUUCCAAUCCCCUCUCCCUCCCUCAUGUACCUUCCCCCUUUAUCUGCCUUCCCCGCUUGUCUGCCCUCGUCUCGUCGGGAGAGGCGGGAUCACACUGCUCUCUUGAGGCCACGGACAGUGGCACGGCCAACUUCGGGCACGUGGCCGUGGGGAGAGGGGGCCUCAGAGUGCCCGAUCAGCAGCAGCAGCAGGACAACUCACUGCGGCUGGCGGAUCUGAGAAAGGUGGAGCUGUUGGGGCGGGGGGCGAGUGCAGCAGUGUAUCUGGUACAGCAUGCGCGCACGGGGCAGCAGUACGCACUCAAGGACAUGCAGUUGAACAUGGAUGCUGACGUGCAGAAGCACGUGGGGAACGAACUCAGGAUCAACCACCAGUGCCGCUCGCCCCAUGUCGUCCGCUGCUACCAGGCCUUCGUGGACGACGGGCAUCUCUUCAUAGUCCUCGAGUACAUGGACGCGGGGUCGCUAGCGGACGUGCUGCAGGCGGUGGGGCGAAUCACGGAGCCGUACCUCGCAGCCAUCUCCCGCCAGGCCUUGCAGGGCCUGCGCGACCUGUACCAGGGCCACCGCAUCAUCCACCGCGACAUCAAGCCCAGCAACAUGCUUCUCAACCAGUCGGGGUGUUUGAAGAUCAGCGACUUUGGCGUCAGCCGCGUGCUCGAGAAUAGUUAUGACGUUGGGAACACGUUUGCAGGGACUUACACUUACAUGUCGCCGGAGCGCAUAAUGGGCAGGACCUAUUCGCACAACAGUGACGUGUGGGCGUUCGGGCUGAGCCUGCUGGAGUGUGCCAUAGGGCAGUACCCCUACCGCCCCGCCUCUGGAGGCUCCUUCAACUAUUUCGAUCUGCUCUCGGAGAUUUCCAACUCGCCGGCUCCCAUUGCUCCGCCGGACUACUUCUCGCCGCAGUUCUGCGAAUUCGUGGCGCUCUGGUGGGUUGGGUGGUGUGCUUUCCGGCAGGUGGGUGGGCGGUGGAUGCAGUGCGGUGUAGUGCAAUCUGGUGUGGGUUCUGCUGCUGGUGCUGUGGUGGGGGGAUGGGUGGGGAAAUGGGUGGGGGGAUGGGUGGGGAAAUGGUUCGUGUGUUCUGUGUCAGUGCGGCCACGUGCACUCGUGUGCGGCCACGUGCACUCGUGUGCAGCCACGUGCACUCGUGUGCGGCCAUGUGCACUCGUGUGCGGCCACGUGCACUCGUGUGCGGCCACGUGCACUCGUGUGCAGCCAUGUGCACUCGUGUGCGGCCAUGUGCACUCGUGUGCGCUCCCGUCAACCUACCUGUUUCCCUUCUCGCCGCACUUUUGCAAGUGUGUUGCGCUCCCUUAUGCUGGGCCAUGUUGA